AUGUCGCGAUCGACGCGGCUAGCCAGCGGGCUGCUAAACGGCUGUUGUGGCCGAAAGUACACGGGACAGCAGAGGCGAGAGAGGCAGACGCGACAGAGGGCGGCAGAGGGGAGCGUGAGCGUGAGCGGGAGGGCACAGAGAGAGGAUGAUCGGAGCGCGCGCUGGAUAGGGUGUGCGAGGGACCUGGAACCAGCAGAGCUGCUCUUUCCUUGGCCGCAAACGCAAGGAAGGCGCAAGGGAGCUCGGCCCAAUCAGGCUCGACGUGUAAGGCUUCCCCGGGCAAGAACCCAGCGCACUAGCUGGCGGGCUAUCGCUAUCGCUCGCUGCGGCGCUCGUAGCAGCAAGAGGUGCGACGGCAGCUCGAGGCCUGUCCGCUUGUGCUCGUCGCCAGCCUAUCGACGCCUCCAGGAGCCCACGAACCACGGCAGCCAUGAAACCGCGCCUCGCCUGCAAGGCACCACCCCAGCUGCCCUCAGCUCUCCACCAACCAAGCCUCUCCACGCAGCCGGCCUGCAUGGCUCCACCUGGGAGCUCUUUCAGCCGGGCACUGCGCGAACCCAAGUGCGCUGUCGGCAAUCGCUCCAGCGCAGCCCGAUCGCGAUGCAACUGACACUGACAGUCGCUCUGCUCUGUGCGCGAUGGGAGGAAAUGAGACGCACUGAGACGACUGACCGGACGCCUGCCGCACCAACGCCCCCCACCUGUCUAGCACGCGGCUAUCAGAUCGCGAGAUCCAAGAGUCUCGCCCAAGGAACCGACUGUGGCGCCCAUCUACCGUUAGCUCAUGCGAGGGGUAACAACGCGGUACCGCCUCCUCGUACCUCACCUAGCGCUGCUCCACGCCAGCAACCCACUUCGCGCUGCCAAUCUGCUCAUCAACCCCUCCCAAGCGAUCGCCGUAUCCGUUGAGAGCGCCCGCUUGUUUCUAAACUAAGAUCUAACCACGAUCCUGCUGCCGUCCUGCCGCCUCCUCGCGCACAUCUUCACGGAGUACUUCCGGUCCCGUACCUCCGCAGUUGUCACUGUGGUUACACUGCGGGGCAGCCGUUUAGAGCAUUUCGCCAUGUACCUCGUCUGACCUCGGAUGCUGUGGAAGCACCUGCGCCCGAGAUGCGCAUGUCAGAUAUGCUG